AUGCGUAAAUCCAGAAAACCACAAUCAGCUGUAUUGACUGCCCCAAAUAUCUAUGACACCCUCACAACCCUGAUCAGGAUUCUAAAUAAUGCGAUCAAGCCAGACUCUCGACCUCUUAAUGUCGAAUCAAAUGUAUUCAAAGAUAAGAUAAGACUGGACAAUGAAAGCAAGCAGUUCUUUACUCAUACCAAGUUCUCACUGAUUGAUAAGCACUUUCAUGCUCCGGAUCCUACUUCAGACAAUAUCCGCUUCUUAAAUCGAUGCCGCUUCCAGCUAGAGCUUAUACUGAUGCAAGAGAAACCAGAAUUACUCUCAGCUACUGUUAAACCAGCGUACCCGCUCAUCCUCCAGGAACUUGGGUGCUCAACAUACAAGCGUGAUCUAAAAGAAAAACCUCUCAAUCUCUCGGACAAGGCAACUCUUAUUGCAGAGCAACACUCUACUCUAUCAAAGCUGGGCUGUGUUACUGAUAUGAACGAUAACAUUGUGAUCGACGCCUUUCAAACUCAACUUUUGCACGACACAACUGCGUCGCAUUCAUUAAUUGAUGCACUUGUAGAAAUUCAAAAGAGGCGGGAGAGCGAAAAGCUCGAGAUUGAGAUCGCAUGUAAGAAGUGUGAGAGCUUCGUGACAACUGCAGAGCUUAAGGCAGCCUAUCGCCAAUUUGAGAUCCCAGAUGAUGGUGAGGGUAUUGAUAAUGAGGUUUUAAUAGGACUCAUCCGUGCUUCGCUCAACCCCACCACUAUGGAGAGCCUUAGGAUCAUUGCAAAAGCCAGGAAUGAUGUCGCCAUCAACACAUUACUCGAACAACCUGACUCAAAUACAAUAGGCUUGGAUCAAGAUGAUCCUACUAUGGACCUAUUUUAUGCUCAGAAUCCAGUAGGUCUAACCAACAUUGGCAACACCUGUUAUGUCAACUCCCUGCUGCAGUACAUCUACACUAUCAAGGAGCUGCGAGAGACUGUACUGAAUAUGGAGGCAUAUGUCGAAAAUACAGAUGCAGCAGAUUGGCAAGGAAAAGUUAUUGAUGGCCAGCGUCUGAGCAGACAGCAGGUUAUCGAAGCCAAAGAUACUGUUAGAGAACUCAAGGACCUAUUUUCACAGAUGGAGUGGUCAAAGACAAGAGCUGUUGUCCCUUCAAGCAGACUAGUGGAUUUACUGCGUCCUACUACUGCAAGUAGUACGUCAAUAAAUUCAGUCAUUACAGCCUCAGAAGGGCAACCAUAUGAAAUGCAAGAUGUAUCAGAGGCAAUGUUACUUCUUAUGUCUCGACUUAAUGCUGCGUUCGUACCUCUCACGCCGGACAAUGGCGGCCCUCCAGUCGAUCGCUUCAAUAGCCUGUUCUAUAUCAGAGCAUUCAAGAAAGGGAUGGAAAUGGAUGAUGUCACUGGUGCGACAAAAGAACGACGUAUUCCAGAAGAUAGUAGUACACUAAUUUUAAAUGCAGACGAAGAUGUGGCUAUGCAAGAACUCAUUGACAACUACUUUUAUGAGAGCCGAAACGCAGACUCAAGAAUAUCGUCGCCCCUCACUUCUAUUGAUGGUAUCGGCGGCGACGCUUCUAUUGUGGCUGAGCGUGAUAUUAGGGUGACAGAACUCCCUCCAAUUCUACAGAUCUAUCUGAACAGGACCCAAUAUAAUCGAAAGGACAAUUCUUCUUACAAAUCCUCUGCUACUAUUUCUAUUCCUAAACGGCUCUAUAUGGACCAAUAUUUGGAAUCUAAUCAAGAAGAGAACGCAGAGCGGUUCAAGCGGAUCAAAUUGUGGAAGAUGGAUAGACUCGAGUCUCGGAGAGCGCUGGAACGCAUCCAGAUGAAGCGCAAGGAGCUUGCGUCAAAUAAGCAGACAGAUAACGGCCUUAUUGAUAGGAAAUAUAAUGUUGAGACAAUUAAUACGGCAUCUUCAGUGGAUGCACCUGUUGUGGAUACAUAUUCAAGUGGCAUUGAGGCAGAGUCAAAGGAGUUUCCAGCAUUCUGUGAUAUGACCACUACUGACAUUAUUGUCUCAGAAUCAGACUUAGAUGAAAAAGAAGCUGAACACCUUGGCAAAAUCGUUGAGCUGAAUGCAAGGCUCGAAGGUGAAGUGGCGGGCAUGACUAGAGCUGAAUACAAGCUCCAUGCAGUUUUCCAUCAUGAAGGCGAUAUCAACUUUGGCCACUAUUGGGUUGACAUCCUGGAUGAUCAGUCUCAGCCACCACGAUGGUUCAAAUACAGUGACGAAAGAGUGAAUGAAGUUGGAAUGGCCCAAGAAGACGACAUUCUCGACGGAAAGCAAGGGCCUACGGCCUGUUUCUGCGUAUAUGUACGCUCUGAUGCGGAUGUUGUUCAAACUGUAUGGAGGUCUAUUUCAACAUAA